AUGUUUUCUAAAAAAUUUUUAAUAUAUAAUUUAUUAUUAAUACUAUUAUAUAUUUUAUUUGUAACAAAAGUAGAAUCACAUAUAAUAGAAUGUUGUAAGAAUGAAGAUAUACCUAAUCGUUGUAUUGAUACAUUAUGUGAUCCAAAAAAACCACCAGAUGAUUUAGAGAUUUAUGAAAUAUUUGAAAGUCGUGAUGAUUGUGCACAACAUUUACCAAAAAUUGCUAAAUGUAUUGCUGAUGGUAGAAAUCAUUCAUCCUGUUGUCAUGAAGAAGCAUUUGAUUCAGAACAAAAAGAUUGUUUUGAUAUAUGUGUAGGAUAUCAUAAUACAUCAAUAUCGUGGAUAAAAUAUCAAACAUGUUUAUCAAUUAAUUUAAAUUCAAUGUAUAAAUGUUUUAAAAAAGGAUAUAUAACACAUCCAGGACCACCAAUUAAUUUAAGAAUUAAUGAUAUUGAAAAAAAUAAUGUUCAUUUAUGGUGGUCAUUAUCACCAAUUAAUAGUCAUUUAGUUAAAAAAUAUUUAGUUAAAAUAAUUGAUUUAAAUAAAAAUAAGAUAGUAUUUUUAAAGGAAACAGAUAAGUUAAAUAUUAUUGUUACAGGUUUAAAACAAAAUACACAAUAUCAAGGUACUGUUGUUGCAAUAGGUAAAAAUUACCAAUAUUUAUCAUUAGAAUCGGAAAAAUUAAUAUUUGAAAGUAAAGGUCAUCCACCUAAAGUUAAGGCAUACUCAAAUAAUGUAUAUGGUUCACUUUAUGGUAGUGAAAUUGUAUUAUCAUGUAGAAUAUCAAAUAUUACUAAUAAUCCAAAAAAAAUUAAAGUUGAAUGGAAAAAAGAAAUUAAAGAAAAAAAUAUAUUUGAAAAUGUUAAUAAUUCUAGAUAUAAUAUAUCUAUUCAAACAUCAAAAGAUAGAAAAAAAGAACUUGGUACAAUAUUAAUUAUUAAAAAUAUUGAAGAAAUAGAUUAUGGAAAAUAUAAAUGUAUAGCAACAAAUGAUUAUGGUUCAAAUAAUGAUAUUAUAAUAUUUUCAAAAAAAGUAAUAACACCACCAUUUAGACCACCACCAUCAAUAGAAGAAUGUUGUGUAAUGGAAGGAAUUCCUUCAUAUUGUAUGACAAUAUGUGGUAAAGAAGAAUAUGAUGAUGAAGAAAAAGAAUUAAUAUUAUCACCAAGAAUGAAAAUUAAUUGUGAAAAUAAUAUUUAUCGUUUGACAAAAUGUUUUAUGAGAAAUGUUGAAGAUGGUAGUUGUUGUCUUAAAGAAAAUAUUCCAUUUCGUUGUAUGUAUAUGUGUGAUAAAAAUAGAUCACCAACAAAUUUAAUGCCAAAAAUAUGUUUAAAUUAUAUUAAUAAAAUAUCUGAAUGCCGUCUAGAGAUUGAAAAUAAUAAACCUAAUGGUAUUGAAAAUAUUAAAGUUAAUUAUUAUAAUAAAAUAUCAUUACUAUUAGAAUGGACAUCAUCAAAUAAUACAGAUUUUUAUGUAAUAUAUUGGAAAAAUGAUAAUGGAAAUGAUUGGGAGCGUAAAAUAACAUCAAAUAUUACUAAAAUAAUAUCUUUAGCUAAAGAUAUAGUAUUAAUUCCUUAUAAUAAAUAUGGUCCUGGAUAUCCUUAUAGGUUAAAGCUAAUUGAAAAUGAAUGGGUAUAUCAAAGUAAUUAA